AAAGAAUGGGCCGUCGGCCCGACCUGUAAGGGCGUAUUUUCGUCUUUGUUCUCUGAUCUCAAGGUGUUUAUAGUUGCUCUUAUGUAUAAAAUCGACCAUUAGGGUUGUGCUGUGAGAGUUAGGAGCCCGCCGCCGCGGAGAGGGACGUUGGCGUAGAAGGGUGAGCAGAGGAAAUGUCUCAUAGGAAGUUUGAGCACCCGAGGCACGGGUCUCUUGGAUUUCUUCCAAGGAAACGUUCUUCUCGGCACCGUGGGAAAGUGAAGUCAUUCCCAAGGGAUGACCCAACCAAGCCCUGCAAGCUUACAGCUUUCCUUGGCUAUAAGGCUGGGAUGACUCACAUUGUUCGUGAGGUGGAGAAGCCAGGAUCAAAGCUUCACAAGAAGGAAACAUGUGAGGCUGUUACAGUCAUUGAGACUCCACCCAUGGUCAUUGUGGGGGUUGUUGGUUAUAUAAAAACUCCCCGUGGUCUUCGUUCACUUAAUACUGUCUGGGCUCAGCAUUUGAGUGAAGAACUCAGGAGGAGGUUUUAUAAGAACUGGUAUAGGAGCAAGAAGAAGGCUUUUACCAAGUAUUCGAAGAAAUAUGAAUCUGAAGAAGGAAAGAAAGAAAUCCAAACUCAGCUUGAGAAGAUGAAGAAAUAUGCAUCUGUUGUCCGUGUGUUGGCUCACACUCAGAUUAGGAAAAUGAAGGGUUUGAAGCAGAAGAAGGCUCACUUGAUGGAGAUUCAAGUCAACGGAGGAACUGUUGCUCAGAAGGUUGAUUAUGCCUACAGCUUCUUUGAGAAGCAGGCCCCCAUUGAUGCAGUCUUCCAGAAAGACGAGAUGAUUGAUGUUAUUGGUGUAACCAAGGGUAAGGGCUAUGAGGGUGUCGUCACACGGUGGGGUGUAACCCGUUUACCCCGUAAGACACAUAGGGGGCUUCGCAAGGUGGCUUGUAUUGGUGCAUGGCAUCCAGCCAGAGUUUCCUUUACUGUUGCCCGUGCUGGUCAGAAUGGUUACCACCAUCGCACUGAGCUGAAUAAGAAGGUCUAUAAGAUCGGCAAAGCUGGAGAUGAGUCUCACUUAGCUAGUACUGAAUUUGAUAGGACUGACAAGGAUAUUACUCCCAUUGGUGGGUUCCCCCACUUUGGAGUGGUGAAAGAUGACUAUCUUUUGCUCAAAGGUUGUUGUGUUGGCCCAAAGAAGAGGGUUGUCACUCUUCGUCAAUCUUUACUGAAGCAGACAUCACGUGUGGCUCUGGAGGAGAUUAAGCUUAAGUUCAUCGAUACUUCAUCCAAAUUUGGUCAUGGGCGUUUCCAGACUACUCAGGAGAAGCAGAAAUUCUACGGAAAGCUCAAGGCUUAGAACUUCUUGAGAUUCUAUAUAAUAUUUUCGCAGCUGGGUCUUCUUCUUCUUUCAAUUUUUAUAUUGAUGAGUUCCAUUAGAAAGAAUAUCUGCCGCAUAUUUUCAGCCUUUUCCAAUUAUGCCGUUGUUGCCCCGACGUUAAUUUUGAUCAUUUGGUGUUUUAAGUACUGCGAAUUAGCCUUCUAGCUAGUCAUUGCUUUGAUUUUUUGAUGCCGCUGCCCUCAAUUUUUCUUGGUC